AAAUCAAGAUAAACCUGGAUGAAAUGAGAGACCGACUGACAACCCAUUCUCAACUCCCUUUUGCAACGAACCCUGCAGUCCUCUGGCAUUGCUCUCCCUUCGGCUUUGCCUGCCCUCCUUCCCUCCCUUUCUCCCUCGUUCCCUUCCUCCUGGAGGGCCUGCCAACACUUCCCAGAAGCCCCUCUUUUAAAACCCCAAACUCCCCACUCCCCACCAGACCCAGGCCCGGGACCCCACGGGGGUCACCAAGAAGGAGCCGGGCGCGCCCGGAGCGCAGAGCGCGCGCAGCCGAGCGAGAAGCGCCUCGCCUCUUCUCGCCUUGCCGAGCCGGGCGCCGGAACCUCCUCGGCCGCGAGAGAGCGCUGCCCGGCCGGGCGAGAGCGGCCGAGAGCCGAGCCGAGCCGAGGCGGGGCAAGCGGGAAAAGCCGCCAGCCGAGCCGAGCGCGCCCGGCUGGAGCGCACGAACGAGCAAGGAGCGCCAUGGCGAGCCGGAACGGGGCGCGUGGCGCGCUGCUGUCGCUGCUGCUGCUGCUGCUGCUGGCCGGGCCGGGGGCGCGUGGGGCGCGGGGCUCCCGGGGCGCCGACAAGCAGAACAGCCUCCGGCGGGCGGCCAGCGGCGUCUACCAGGGCGCCAGCGGCCUCCUGGGCGAGGAGAACGUGCGCGCCCUGCAGAAGUUUUUCUCCAGACUGACGGAGCGAUUCGUGUACGGAGUGGACGUUCUUGUAGAUACAUUCUGGAGAAUAUGGACAGAUCUUCUAGAUGUCCUUGGAAUUGAUGGAUCCAACUUGACCCAUUAUUUCAGCCACACCGCCCUAGCCAACAAUCCCGCUCGGGCCCUUUUGCUGAUCGGGGCCAUCUUGUUGGCUUAUUGGUUUGUGUCUCUGCUCUUGGGAUUCUUCUUCUAUCUCCUGCACGUCCUGUGCGGCCGUUUCUUCUGGAUCAUCCGGAUUGUCCUCUUCGCUCUUUCCUGCGUCUACAUCCUUCAGAAAUACGAGAGCGAGCCCGAACACGCCGUCCUUCCCCUCUGCUUCGUGGUCGCCGUCUACUUCAUGACUGGUCCCGUGAGCUUCUACUGGCGGAGGAACAGCCACAACACCCUGGAGGAGAAGAUUGAUCACCUUGACAGCCAGAUCAGGCUUCUGAACAUCCGUCUGUCUCGCGUGAUCGAGAACCUGGACCGAGGAGGCGACUAAUGGGAAAGUCACACUUCGCACGGGAACACAACACAGGCGAUCCGGGAAAUCACCACGUCUCGUCCACAACGAGGCGGACAUUGGGGUCAAGGAAGGGUGCGCCAUCCGGCCAUUAAGUCUUCGUGCGUAGCUUACCUGUCCAUACCCUGAACAAAACAUUAAUUAACUUGUAAGAUAGAUUAGCUGUACAUUCAAAGAUGUUCUCCCAUAAGUAGGGUUUUAUCUGCUGUUUUCCAACAUCUUUUGUAAAAAAAAAAAAAAAAAGGAGGGAGGGAGAUUUAAUAAAGGCCCGUGAAGUUGUUCGUUUCAAGCAACAAAAUUCUCUAUACACUGGACACCAACUUCACCUUCAGAAAGAAGUAAGGAAGCAUGAAGAAUUCGACCAGCGUUAGGAGGAUCCGUUUUUCUUCUUUUUUUCCAUCCUCCCUUCAGUCAUAAUUUCAUGUUGUGCCUCGUUUCAUCUUUUUCAUAUAACUGCAGAGGAAAAAAUAAUACGUUUUGAGUCAGAUCCAUAUAUUGUUCGCCCUGAAUUUUGAAAGCAAGAUAUGUUGCGUCCUUCGGAGGUCAACCACGAGCAUCAAAAGUGCUUCUGUGUUGUUGGUUUUUUUUUUUCUCCUGUCAGUUUCAUUAGAAAUUUGGCCCUUUCUUUUGCCUACACACAAACACACAAAAGCACAAAAAAAAAAAAAACAGUCCACCUUCCAGCCCCUUCUGCAAAAUUUCUCCAGUUAAAGUCUUCUGGCUUUUUUGCUCAUCUUCCUUGACACAACUUAACCAAAAGACCUUGAGGAAGAAAACUUGAGUGUCGGUCAGAUAAAAUUAGCAACGGAGGACAGUCCUGGGUGCAUAACAGCAGGAGAGAAGUUGGCCUUUCAGAGUGGAAGUUACUGUACAUUUCUAUCAAAAUUAGGCAUUGCUUGAAAAAAGAGAAAGGCAGAAAUAAGCCCAUCAACCUCAGCUUGACUCAACCACGAUCGGCGACAGAUUAAAAAAGAAUUGCAAAAAAAAAGGGGGGAGUGGGAUACAGGAAUCUUUCUCAGGAUUAACGUGGCAAUAAAUUCCAUAAAAUCCUCAACUUUAGAAGGGUCUGUGCUUUGCUCAUCUAUCCCAAAUCUUUUUUUCCCACAAUAGAUACUACGGAGGACCCGAUUGUGUUCGGUCCUUUAAAAAGUGGAGUGGCUAAUUUGGUUGGCCACGAAAAAAAUUGCCCAAGUGACCUGUUUGCUGUAAAAUGGUGCCCGUAAAAUAUUACUGGCCCCAUCAGGGCCAGUUUCAAAGAAUUAACUUUUUUCCCCACAAAUGUUUCUAACCUCAACAACCACAUAACUCUUUUUGGUUAUGUUACUCCACAGCCUUUUAUUUUCUGGGAAAACUGGAAGUUGCUGGAAUACUUAGCAUCACCUGGCCUUGUGAUCCCCCCCCCCACUUUUUUUGUGCCUGUGGAAGUGGGCAAUUAAUUUGCCUGGGUGAGACUUAGUGUGUGUGUGUGUGUGUGUACAUAUAUAUAUAUAUAUAUAUAUAUAUAUCUGUUCUGAUCUAAAUGACAUUACAGACUUUUCAAAGCUUGUGAAUUGGCAAUUGUCUCCUUCCUUCCUUCCAGAAAAAAAAAUCAUUUGUUUUUUUCCCAGCAUUUUUUGAAGAUUCCCAAUCGUUCUAAAAUGAAGAUCCUCUGGAAAGGGGAAAAAAACACCUCUUUUCUUCCAUGAUUGAACGUCUUCAAAUAAAGAAAAGGCAACUUGGAAUUGAGAGAACAUAGGCUAACAUGAACUCCGUCCUUUAAAUCAGCUUCCCAUAGUGGUGAUGCGGGAACUAGUAAAUAUAUAUAUAUAUGUAUAUGUAUAAAUAGAUUUGAUAUACACAGCGUUUUGUUUUGUAUAAGGCUGUAGUUGAAAAAAGAAUAUCGAGAUAUAUAUUGCCCCUGCUGCCUUGGUGCAGAUUUGGCUAGAUAAAGUUCUCUUUUAUUUAAAAUUAAACAGGAGCACAAACUACCGGUACUUGAAAUAGACCGUUCUUGCCAUUUCCACCUUCCUUGAAGGUGAAGGUGACCUUAAGGCAUUCUCCCCCCCCCCUUAUUCUAUAAAAAUGCAGAUGUGGGUGGAUUUUCUCUGCUUUAUUUUUCUUCUUGUUACUGUUCACUUCUCUUGUGGAUAGUACCAUAGUGGUGAUUUUUUUUUUCACCUUCGUUCAUCUAGAGACCUAGAAAAUACCCCGCUGUGCAGAAAACGGGCAUUUGUGUGCUAUUUAUUCAACAUAUAGGUUGAGGAAGCAAUAUUGCAGUUAAUUAUUGAUGACUGGGUUGGCCACGGGCAACAGUAAAGUUUUUAAUUUGAUGUGUCAUUCAGGGAAGCAGAGGUGAAAUGUUCAAACUAACCAGCUGCGAUUCUUUUCUUACAAACCUUACAUCCGUUUUCGAAUUGGUUCCAAUUUUUUUUUUUCCAGGCUGAAUUAAGGUUGGAUAUGCAUUGUUGUUAAUUCCUCACAUUUGGAAAAACAGUUUUGCAUUGCAGGCCAGUUUACUGUUACAAACUCUGCAGAUAAUUUUCCUCUCAUUGCAAUGUCAGCUGAUCUUGGUUAAUUCUGACUUGGAUUGCCCUUCAGAUUAUAUGUGUAAUUGGGGUUAGAACUAACCAUGAUGAUAUAAGUGGAAGCAAAAUACUAGAUGCUGGAGCAGACCAGAGAAAGGGGGUGGGUCUUGCAUUCCUUAAAAGCUAAUUCUCUUUUGUAUAGUUAAGAGGUAUUAGACGAGCUAAAAUUCCACUUUGCCAAGAUUUGUACAUUCCUAGGAUGGUUUUCAUUCAAUAAAUGGACCAACUUUAAUUUCUUAAUCAUUCAAAACCACUUAACAAACCCCAAUCUGGCUGGAAUAUUACAACAAUGGCAGCUCAAGGGAUUUUUUUUUCCCAUCCGAGAAUUCCAGUCUUGUGUUAAAAUCAGAGUGUCGUGCCGGCGUUUGUUGUAAACCAUCCGUGUAAUUAUUGUGGUUGAUUGAGGCAUAUCAGCCUGGCCAAGAAAUAGAGCAGAACUACUGAAUUUAAUGAGUUUUUUUUUAAAAAAAAGUUGUCUUAGGUUUUAGAAUAUUGUGUGCAAACGUGUGCUAAAAUAAUAUGAUACUUUUGCCUUUUGGGAUAUGAUUAGGGUGUUUUUUUCCCCCCAAAGCUGCUUUACAGAAUUGUGGACCGUUUUUAUGUUUCUGCUGUAGGUUAUAAUUUUUUGUUGUUGAUGAUAAAGGUGGUGUGUUUUUUUGCUGGUUAAUUUGUAUUUUGCAGCUAAAAUUCUAUCUGAACCCGCUUCUCUUAUCUUCUCCUUCUUUUAAAGAUCUUUAAUCUUUCUUACAUUUUGCAUGCAACUUAAAACUGCUUCGUUAAUUCCCUGGAUCCUUGUUGCCAAGCGCCAUGUUUAAAAAUGACUCUUUUUCCCCCCUGUUGUAAAAGCAGAAAUAUAUAUAUAUAUAUACUUGGAUCAUAACUGUUUAUCUGCACUGAGUAUAGUGAUUGAUUAUCCUAUCUGGACAUCUGAUCUCCUAAAUAUUAGGUUGUUUUUUAAAAGUCUUUAUGGCAAAAUUAUGUGUUUUGUUUAAGAAAAAAAAGAUGAUUUUGCUGAGAAGGAAGUGUCGUAGGCUUCCUUUUAAUCGAUGAACUUAAUAAAACCUUAGUUCUAUGAAUGAUGCUGUUGAAUAACUGUGAAGAUUCGGGGGGGGGGGAAUUGUCCAUGCCUUUAUUUAUUAUCUGAUCACCAGACCUAUGUACUUCUACAUGGUGAAUUGUUUGUAGACUGAUGUCACAAUUGAACUAUGGCGUGGUGACCAAAUAAACCUUAAAUGUUUACUGUAA